AUGAGGAGAACCAACAUGUGGCUCCUGGAGCGACUUCGGGGCGCCGGCGAGAACGGUGGCGCCAGGGGCGAGGCGAGCGACAAGGCCGGCAAGGGGCCGCUGUACAGCAACGUCCUCACGCCGGACAAGAUCCCUGACUUCUUCAUCCCCCCGCCCCCGGCCCCGGGCACCACGGCGCAGACCGCCCCCGGCUUCGCUGCGCUGGCCGAGAGCCCCCGCGCGCGCCGCAAGGAGCCCCUGUUCCACAGCGAGCACGGGGCCCUGGCCCAGGCCACCUCACCAGGCGCUGCGCGUCGCCGGGCGGCCGCCCAGGCCAACGGGAGCGGCGACUCAGCCAGGGAGCUGGGCAGCGCCCUUAUGAGCCCUGGGCGCUACUUUAGUGGCGGGGAGAGCGACACGGGGUCUUCGGCCGAGUCCUCCCCGUUCGGGUCGCCACUGCUGUCGCGCUCCGUGUCGCUCAUCAAGGGCUUGGCCCAGGACAGCCAGGCCAAGGUGAGCCACCUGAAGCAGUCGGUGGGCCGCCACGGCUCACUGUCCGCCGACGACAGCACGCCGGACACCAGCCCGGGCUCGCGCCGCCGCCUGAGCCGCCGCUCCGCCACCCCGGAGCCGGGGCCCGAGCCUCCGCGCGCUGAACACGCCGUGCGACUGGGUGCGCGGGGCAGCGUGCGGCUGCUGGCCGAGUACGAGGCAGCCCAGGCCCGGCUGCGCGUGCGCCUGCUGGCCGCCGAGGGCCUCUAUGACCGCCUGUGCGACGCCCGCAGCAUCAACUGCUGCGUGGGGCUGUGCCUGGUGCCUGGCAAGCUGCAGAAGCAGCGAAGCACAAUCGUCAAGAACAGCCGUCACCCGGUCUUCAACGAGGACUUCUUCUUCGACGGGUUGGGCCCAGCCAGCGCGCGCAAGCUGGCACUGCGCAUAAAAGUGGUCAACAAGGGCAGCAGCUUGAAGCGGGACACGCUGCUGGGCGAGAAGGAGCUGCCCCUCACCACGUUGCUCCCCUUCCUGUGA